CACACCUCUUUGGCGUAGAACUGCGGCACCCUUUGCUGGCAGCCAUGGCAGAAGCUGCAAAGAGCCCUAGCAAGGAAGACAGAGACGAAGAUGAGGAAGCUGAAGACGAAGAAGAGGAUGAAAACGAGAACGAGAACGAGGAAGGUGCCCAAACUGGUGAAAAAAAGAAGAAACAGAAGAAGAAGCCUGCCAAGACGGAAGGCACCGCUGGCUACCCUUCCACUGCAAAUGGCGAGGAGGAGAAGGAAGAUCCUGACCAGCAGCAGCACUUGCUCCAAAUGUUGCGCAAGCGUGGCCCAUGUGAGGAGUCACGCAGACAGACGGCGCGGGAGCACCUUUUUUGGGACACGCAGCCUGUGCCAUCGAUGGGCUCAGAGUAUGGCCAAGACAGUGGGCCUUUGGACGAGUUGCGCACAGUAGACGAUGUGCGUGCAGAGCCAUACCCUCUACCCGACAAGUUCGAAUGGUGCACUUGUAACGUGGAUGACGACAAAGAGAUCGAUGAAAUUUACACACUCUUGACUGAAAAUUAUGUGGAGGACGAUGACAGUAUGUUUCGGUUUGACUAUUCGAUCCACUUUCUGCGCUGGGCGUUGAAGCCACCCGAGUUCUUGAGGAGUUGGCAUUUGGGGGUUCGAGUGCAAGGUGGAGGAAAGCUUGUCGGAUUCAUUACCGGAAUCCCUGCCAAGAUUCGAGUGUUUGAGAAGUCCAUUCAGAUGGCGGAGAUCAAUUUCCUUUGUGUCCACAAGCGGCUGCGAUCCAAACGACUCGCGCCCGUGCUCAUCAAGGAGAUCACUCGCAGAGUAAACAGGGAAAAUGUAUGGCAAGCUGUGUAUACCGCUGGAGUUGUGCUUCCUAGACCCAUCAGCGAGUGCCGCUUCUGGGCCAGUUCGAGAGAAACAACUGGGAAACAUGUUGGGAGAUCUCCGUUGGUGGGAGCGGUGGCACAGGGUCUCGUGUCCCCAGGCUAUUGGCAUCGAUCUUUAAAUCCCAAGAAGCUCAUAGAGGUUGGCUUCUCACACUUGGGUGCGAGAAUGACCAUGGCACGAACGAUUAAACUCUACAAGGUUCCCGACAUGCCGCAGCUCCCUGGCAUGCGAGAGAUGAAGAAGGAGGAUGUGCCUAGAGUGCACGGCUUGGUGCUGAACUACUUGAGGAAGUUCACAUUGCACCCGGAGUUUACACCGGAGGAGGUGGAACAUUGGAUGCUGCCGCGGCCUGGUGUGGUGUACUGCUAUGUUCGUGAGAAUGAGAAGGGUGAAGUGACUGACGUGUGCUCCUUCUAUAGCUUGCCCUCCUCCAUCCUAGGCCAUGCCAAGCACAAUACUUUGAAGGCAGCCUAUUCAUAUUGGAACGUAGCUUCCACGGUGCCCUUGCAGGACCUGAUGUAUGACGCUCUCAUUUUGGCCAAGCAGCAGGAUUUUGAUGUCUUCAAUGCUCUGGACAUUAUGGAGAAUGAGUCAUUUUUGAAGGAGCUGAAAUUUGGGAUUGGUGACGGCUACUUGCAAUACUAUCUCUACAACUGGAAAUGUCCACGGAUUGAGCCAAGAGGCAUAGGGUUGGUCCUCCUAUGAUUGGCAUAGAGAUGAGAUGUAGAGAUCGACAAGAGGUAAUUGCUCAAGCCGGGUGUGCGGACAGCAACGACGCAGCUCUGCCCUUGUCUUCAGUGCUGUGAGCGGUGCAUGUCACCCCAAGUCUCUUUUUCCCCCAAAUUCAGUGGCACCAGUGGCAUGUGCUGAAGUCAAAGGCAACGCGGGUGACUCUGCUUCAUUGCAGAAGCAUCCUCAAGAACAAAGUUUGAUACAGGCCAUCGUUUAGUAGUCGUUUCCCCAGCCCCCAACCUUGGCUGGGCCAAAUAGGCUCACAGUUUGGGUGAAGCAUGAGUGGCUUCAGCAGCCUUGUGAUUUUGGAGACCUGCAUGAAUGAGAGACCGAGAUCUACGCCAAGUGAAAGGUCCGCUGAAGCAUGCGGUCAAUGAGUCAAGGGAAAUCAGAGUCAUUG